AUGCCUCCAAGAGCGAUACCUGUUAAGCAUGUUAACAAGAUGGACCCUGCUGCUGCUGCUGCCGUUUCUGCUGCUACGCUUAAGACUCUUAUUGCGGGUCCCUCUUCUCGUCCAACUUCGGCUACUGCUGUUCCGUCGAAGUCGUCGCGUACUCUGUUCGCAGAGGAUGACUCGGAGUCAUGGACACUGUCAGCCAAGCUGGCGGCUUUCCGGAUCAAGCAAGCUGCUGGGAAGACGGACAAUGGCAAAGGAAAGGAACAUGCGGAUUUUAAGGAUGCUGUCUCGGAUGCGGGUGAUGAAAAUGUUGCGGACGAUGAAGACGGGGACUUACCUGGUGUUGCUCGUAGGGUUAGCUUCCUUGAUGAUGAGGAUGACGGUCUUCUGGCUCAUGAUCCGAAGGAGUGUUUCGAGGAAAAGGCGAAGGAAGACCUGGCUGCGAAGCUUCGGUUUCCGCUCACCUUGCUUAUCCCAAGCGACCACCUGCAGGAAAUCAGUCGCACGCAGGCGACUGUUAAGGGUCUGCUGGGGAUGUGGGAGAACGACCAUACUGAAAACGCGGUUAAGACAAUCUGCUUACCUCCCGUCCGUGCAGCGGCUGCGACUGUAGCCACGGCGACAACCGGGAUCAUCCUCAAGGACCCCGCGUUGGUGCUGGUCUCAAUGGCUGGCAACAGGGAGGAGUGGGUCUGUCUGCUGGAAUGUUGCGAGAAGGGGAAGGGCUCUUCUUUCGAGCAGGCUACUCAUCAUGUGCUGUCCCAGCGCCAUCGGGGAGGGUUUGCGAAGCAGGGGGCUGCGACAUGUGCUCUCAAGGACAAGCUGAACCUUCGCGUGCUGCGCAAGGAAUUCGGGAUUCAGUGA